AUGAGGUUUUAUUUCGUCCCAAAUAUUUGGUCAAAAUUAAAUGACCCAUAUGCAAAUUAUGUCAUUGUGUUUGACGCAAUCAGAGAUGGAUUUCGUGAAAUCAAUAAUAUUAAUGAUAGAGCAAUCCAUUUUACAUGGGCUUGUAACGAACUUGUUGAAAGAGUACUCACCUCCGAACAAUAUAUAAAUGAGAUCGAACGUAAUAGGAAUAGAUAUAGACCUUUUUUAUCGGACCAGCAUACUUUACCGAAAUUUCAAAGUUUCCGAGAUACUUUAUACAAAAUGAUAGAAUUUACCGACAAAGUUUCGAAGACUGAUAGUCUAAUGAAUUUUCAAUUAAAAGAGGAAAUCGAAAAAAAAUUUUUUGAAUUAAUCGACGAGUUCGAUGAAGUUUUAAGAAAAUUAGAUUUUCCGACAAUACAAUAUAAAAAGGAAAAAUUUAAUCAAUUUCUAAGAAAUGACUUCAAAGAAUAUAUAAAGUUUUUUGAAAAUAAGCCUGUGACUACGACAAUCGAAUCAGGAGAAAAUUCUAAAGGACCAAUGACGACGACAACAGGAUCAAGUGGAAAUUCUAAAGGGCAAGUAGAAGAAAGUAUUGUAGCAAUUUUUCCGCAGAAAAUCGAUAUAUCGGAAUAUAAAGUAGUGUACGAAAAACAGGGAACACGCAUUAAAGCGAUGGCUAAACGUUCCGAUAAAAACUCUAUCUAUGCCUUUAAAAAACUUUCUUCGAAUAUUUCGACUAAGUCAAAAGAAUAUAUAAUUCAAAAAACUGCAGUUCUGCAAAGAUUUAGUGAGUCUUCCUAUAUAAUUUCAUUUUAUGGUAUCGCGGAGCAUAACAGAGAGAGUUUCAUUGUAACCGAGUGGGCAAGGUAUGGAAGCCUUAAAGAAUACUACAGGAUAUUUGGACCUCUAGAAUGGUAUAAGAAAAUAGAGUUCGCCCUUGACAUUUGCCGCGGGCUAAGUUUUUUACACUCAUCAGGGAUUUUGCAUCAUGAUGUAUGCUCUGAAAACGUUUUAAUCUUGGAAAAUCGUAAAGCUAAGAUUUCGAAUCUUGAAUGGGUCAAGGAAUCAGAGAAAUCAACGACCAUGAAAAAACUACCUACCGAAACACUUCGUUACAUGGCCCCCGAAAAGAUGAAUACGAGAAAUUUAAAAUACAAUGUCAGAUGUGAAAUUUUUAGUUACGGGAUGCUUCUUUGGGAAAUUGCAGAAGAAAAGGUUCCUUAUUCCGACGAAGAGGAUUUUAAGGUAGUUCGCAAAUUAGUUACCGAAAACAAGCGUGAAAAUUUUUCCAGUAAUGCGUCGGAUGAAUGGAAAAACUUGUUUGAAGAAACCACACACCAUGAACCUGAAAAACGACCAGCCAUGUCCGAAAUUUGUCAAACUUUACUACAAUUACAUAAACGACAUCAGCAAGGUCACGAAAGUCAAGAAAUCGAAAAGUUGGACAGCCCCCUACCGAUGAGUGAAUUUGACAGUAACUUAGAAUUUGACGACGCUAUCUUUAAAUCGGUCAUAAGUUUGGAGGAUGCCAUAAAAGAAUCCAGAAAAGAAGACGGCGAUAUAGAAAAGGCAUGGAAGAGUUUCAAUGUAUAUGCUGAGUAUGACGUUCCAAUUGCAAAAUUUUGGAUGGGUCGUCUUCUCUACGAUGACAAAAUACUUUUUAGCGACGAUAAGGAAAGAGAUGAAAGAAAACUACAAGAUGCAGCAAAUUACUUUAAAGAAAGCGCUGAUGAAAAUGUGGCUGAUGCCCAAUUCUACUAUGCAAAUUGCCUUGAGAAGGGAAAAGGCGUCAAUAAGAAUAUUCGAAAGGCAUGUGAAUAUUAUAAAAAGUCUGCGGAUAACGGAAAUAUAUGCGGAAUGUAUAGUUAUGGUUAUAUUAUUUAUAACGGCUAUUGUGGGACAAAAAAUAUCGAAGAGGGAUUGAAGUAUAUGAAGAUGGCCGCGGAUAAUGGGCACAAACGGGCGAUGAAGUCUCCAGAACAAAAUUGA